AAAAAAAUGUCAGUUUUCGAAGAGCAACUCGAAUAUGAUGAAUAUUCGAACUUCAUAGUACAUUCUAACUGGAAACAUUAUAUUGAUACGAAAGUAUCCGCAGAAAAUGGCAAUAAAAUUAGCCAAUAUAAUUUGGGUAGAUUUUAUCAACGCGGAAAUGGUAUUGGAAAAAAUGAAGUCGAAGCAUUUAAAUGGUAUAAAAAAUCAGCUAAACAAGAAUAUAGUAAUUCACAAAAUAAGUUGGGAUAUUUUUAUGAAGGUGGCAUAGGUGUAGAAAAAGAUUUAGAGAAAGCAUUUUAUUGGUAUCAAAAAGCAGCGGAGAAUGGAAAUAAAAUUGGACAAUAUAAUUUGGGUAGAUUUUAUCAGUACGGAAAUAUUGUUGAAAAAAGCGAAGUUGAGGCAUUUAAAUGGUAUAAAAAAUCGGCCGAAAAAGAAUAUACUGAUGCACUAAAUAAGUUAGGAUAUUUUUAUGAAAGUGGCAUGGGUACGAAGAAAGACUUAGAAAAGGCAAUUUAUUGGUAUCAAAAAGCAGCGAAAAAUGGAAAUAAAAUCUCUCAAUAUAAUUUAGGCGUUUGUUAUCAAUACGGAAGUGGAGUCAGAAAAAACGAAGUUGAAGCUUUUAAAUGGUAUAAAAAAUCAGCUAAACAAGAAUAUAGUAAUGCACAAAAUAAGCUAGGAUAUUUUUAUGGAAGUGGUAUUAGUACGAAAAAAGAUUUAGAGAAAUCAUUUUAUUGGUAUAAGAAAGCAGCAGAAAAUGGAAAUAAAAUUAGCCAAUAUAAUUUGGGUAGAUUUUAUCAAUACGGAAUUGGUAUUGAAGAAAACGAAGUUAAAGCAUUUAAAUGGUAUAAAAAUUCAGCCAAACAAGAAUACAGUAAUGCACAAAAUAAGUUAGGUUAUUUUUAUGAAAAUGGUAUUGGUACGAAUAAAGAUUUAGAGAAAGCUAUUUAUUGGUAUCUAAAAACAGCAAUAAAUGGACAUAUAAUCGGCCAAUAUAAUUUAGGUAGAUGUUACCAAUACGGAAAUGGUGUUAGAAGAAACGAAAUUAAAGCACUUAAAUGGUACAGAGAAUCAGCUGAACAAGAAUAUAGUAAUGCACAACAUUGGUUAGGAUAUUUUUACGAAAAUGGUAUUGGCACAGAAAUAGAUUUAGAGAAAGCAAUUUACUGGUACAAGAAAGCAACAGAAAAUGAAAACAAAUUUUCACAAUAUAAUUUAGGUGUACUUUAUGAAAAUGGAAACGGAGUUAAAAAAAAUGAAGUGAAUGCAUUCGAAUUGUAUAAAAAAUCAGCUGAACAAGAAUAUAGUAAUGCACAACAUAAGUUAGGAUAUUUUUAUGAAAGUGGCAUGGGUACAGAAAAAGAUUUAGAGAAGGCAAUCUAUUGGUACCAGAAAGCAGCAGAAAAUGGAAAUAAAUUUUCACAAUAUAAUUUAGGUUUAUGUUAUGAGAAUGGAAAUGGUGUUAAAAAAGAUGAGGCUGAAGCAUUUGAAUUGUAUAUAAAAUCAGCUGAACAAGAAUAUAGUGAUGCACUAAAUAAGUUAUCACAAAGUUUCAUAUCAAAAAUUAAUAUUCCUACUAUAAGGGCGAUGGUAAAAUCCAUAAAUAAUAAGCAACAAAUAAUUCAACAAUUGAAGCUGAAUCAUGGGUUAUUGUUGGGUGAAUAUAGCAUACAACCAAGUAGACAAGCUGUUUUCAUGGAAGAUGGUGAAUUGAAUAUAAGUUUAUGCAAUAGACAACCAAUAGUAUAUGAUUUGUCUAUAGAUAAAGAUAAUUCUAAUAAUAUGUUACAACCAUCUGAUAUGUGUAUUAAUUUUCCGAUUGCUGAAAUUACUUAUAAAGGUGAUGUAUCGAAAUCUUUUUCAAGGUGUGUAAAUAAUAAUGCAAUUUUGAAUAAACUGUAUGGGCACUUCUUUGCAAGUAAAGUCUUAGUUGGUAGUAAAUUAUUUAUCAAGAAUUUAAAGUCAGCCACCCAAACACAAAUUGAUAUUCUAAAAUUUUGUCUAUUAUGCACGUAUAGUUCAGCUAAAUAUUCUACAGAAAUUUCGUUCAAUAAUUUAUUCACUUUAAAUCUUUUACCAAAAAUAGUUACAUUAGAUGGAGACGAAUUAAAUACUCAUGAAAAAUUGGCCAAAUGGAUGAAUAGUUUGUAUCAAGAGGGAGAAAAAAGCAUUUUUAUUCUUUCCUAUGAAAAUCUCAUUCCCGUUUCUAAAUUAAAAAACUUUAUUAGUUUACCAAGAGAUGGCCUUUUUAAUGAAAAUAAUGAAAAGCAGCCCGGAGUCAUUAAUUUUAAAGAGAAGUUAAGUAUAGUAGAAUGGGUUGGAGAUGCAGUAGACAAUAAUCUAGCAAGUUGGACCAGAAAGUUUCAUCUUUUUCAGGGGUUAAUAUUUAAAAAUUAUGAAAUGGAAAUUAGCAAGAAACCCUCCAUUGAUUUCAUUAAAAUUCCUAAGGUCAAUCCGAGUAGUAAAUCUUAUUUGAAAAUUAUUAAACCUUCCACAGAAAUAGAAGUACGUUUAAUUUCCAAUGAUAUUUUAUCAUUAAAAAAUUUAAGUUCCUUUUUGUUUACUAAAAGUAAUGAUGUUAUGAGUUAUGAGGAUUACUGCCAUAUUCUAAUCAAGUGUGAGCAAUAUGAAAUUCUCUUAGAUAAGAAUAAUGUUAGACCUACAAAAGAAUUUGAGCAUGUCAUAGAAGAAGCGCUUAGUAGUAUGAUGCCAUUAAAAGUUUUACAAAAUAUUUUUAAUGAAAAUGGUCAUUUAUUUCCACAAAGAAUUAUUUUAGGAAGAUCUCUAAAGAAUAUUUUACCAACUUCAUCCUCAUCUGCAUUUGAAACCGUUGUUUCGGGACCGGAAUCAUUUAAAUUGCAUUUGGACAACUUAAAUAUUUCACAUUUCUUAACACCAAAAGGAAAAAUAAUCAAAAAAAAUAAAUUGUUUAAUUGGAUCCAGAAUCCAAAUAAUUUGGAAGUUAUUGAAUUUGAUGAUAUUAUUCCUCUUUACAAAAUUCUUAAGGAGACACAACAAAAAAAAAUAGACGAUAUAUUACAAAGCAAAUAUAGAAUAUUGAUGACAGGAGUUACUGAUUUGAAAGAUUUAGAUAAUAACGACGUUGAUUAUUACAAGCGCAUAAAUAUCGAACCAUCAUUAGAAGAUGAAAAUUAUGAAGUAUUUGGAUCAAUUAUUUCUAAAGAUAAUUCAAGAUUAGAAGAAAUUUAUGUUAAUUUUGGAUCAUAUGAUAUUAACGGAUUUUUUGCAUCGAUAAAAAAAUUAGAAGAAACAAGUGUCAAUAUAAAAGAAUGCUGCAUUCUAUGGAUGAUUGUUGAAAAACCUUCAGAAUUAUUAAUUUUUAGUCCGAGUAAUCGAGAAUUUCAAGUCGAGCGUGUUAAAGAAUCUAUUAUAUUACGACUCGACAAAUCAAAUUAUUGUAUUAAAACCUCUUUUCCACUAUCUCAAGGAUAUACUAUUUUUGUUCAUGCAUAUUACCCAUCAAAUAAUUAUGAGCCUGAUAAUACCAUCAAGUUAGUUAAAUGGUCAUAUAAUUAUGUUACCUUUCAAAUAAUAAAAUCGACUUAUGGUAAAUCAAAUAAUAAUUUUUCAAAAAGUAUCAGAGAAUCUAUUAAAUUAGACUUACAUAUUUGUGUCCUAUGUUCAGACUAUAGAAGUUUAAAGAUUGAUAAUAAAGAAGAUUAUGAGUAUUCCUUAGAUUUAUCUAGAUAUAUUUUGACUAAAGAUAAUUUUGAUGACGGAAAUCAAUGAAUAUAUUAACAAGUUUCUUAGUAUUAAAUUUAUUUUUUCUUACUGUAUCAUAUGGAAAGGUAUUAGUGAUUUUAUUUUUUUACUGAAAUAUUCUUAAGAAUAAAAAUUCGUGAGAUGGUGAAGAAGUGUCAAGAAUACGAAAUAAAGCAUACUAUUCUACUAAACUUAUACCAAAAGUUUAUAGUAUAAUAUGAAUAAUAUCACAAAUUAAAUUGAAAGUAGCUAGAAGAUUAAAUUCGAUAGGUUAUCUUUUUUUUUGUUGUAUGUGAUAUGUUAAAUAAAAAGUUUAAUAAAGUAUAAAAUAUUACUUUUUUUUAUUAAGA